AUGACAGAUAAACAUCGGUUACUACCUGAAUUCAAAGAACAAGUAACAGAAGUCAUUAAAACUUUUAUCCACCAAGAACGACCUUUUCAAAAAACUCGUAAAGAAAAAAUUGCAGAUCUAAAUCGGCUUGAACCUGGUGAUCAUAUUAGUUUUUAUAAAACAGAUUUAUAUUAUGCACAUCAUGGUAUUGUUUGUGAAGCACGUACAAACUAUCUUCGUGUUAUACAUUAUUUUAAUACACUGGAACAUGCACGUACUGCAUUAAUGAGAGGUUCAAUAUAUAUAGCUGCAAUCAUUGAAAGUGAAUGGCCUGUUAACAUAGAAAGUACAAGUGAAGAUAUUUAUUUACAUCAUUAUGAUCAUAUUCCAUGUUUUUCAAAUGAAGAGACACUGCAACGAGCUUUCUCACAACUUGGCAGACGUGGUUAUUCAUUAUUAGGAAAUAAUUGUGAACAUUGGGCUCGAUGGUGUCGAACAGGUGAACAUUAUUCUGAACAAAUAUAUAAACUUCGCGGAUUAGUUAAAGAAAAAUCUGCAACUUUAUUGAUUGUUGAUCCUACAGCAUUAUUAGUAAAAGAUGUUGCUUUAGUUGGUGUACGGACAUUUGGCCAGUUUUUAAGUGCUGUUGGAUCAGGAGUUAUAUUAACGGCUGUGGAAAGUAUAUCAACAUUUAUUGAUAUAAAAAAGAAAAAAAAAGAACGAGAAAAAGGAAGUUUAAGUGAUGUUGCUUUGAAAAAAUAUGUUAUAAGACGAGUUACAUCAGCAUCAACAGCUGUUGUUGGUGGAACUGCAGGUACAGUUGUCGGCACAAUACUUAUUCCGGUACCAAUACUUGGCGCUACAGUUGGCGGUUUUGUUGGUAGCAUUAGUGGAAAACUUAUUGGAGGAGUAUCUGGCAUUGCUCUAUCGAAAAUUCUCGAAGUUUAUGAAAAAGUCAAAGCAUCAAAUAUUAAAAAGAUGUCUACAGUUCCUCAAUUAAUGGCUAAUAUAUCACCAUCCAGUGAACUUGUGCAUUCUUUAAUGAUGAUUGCAGAUGACCGAGAGGAAGAAGAACAAGUUUCAAAUAUUAUUGAGCACGCUUUAAAUUCACAUUCUUCAUUAAUUUAUCCAUCAUUAGAAGAAUUUACAAAUAAUACUCAAAAUACAACAGCAGAAGAAUAUCACGCAGUAACGAAAUUAACAGCUGAAUUAUUUACUGAUUCACAUUCAUACGAUUAUUUUAUUUUAACACCAGUGCCAGAUAGCAAUGCAGCAGAAGAGUUUGCUGCAUCAACAGAUUUAUUAUUACUUCGAUGGCCUAUAGGAAUAGUGAAACCAUGGGAAUCCCACGGAGAACAAGUUAUGGAUAUUGAUGAUUCAAAUUUAAAUCAAGAGUGA